CUUUCCGCUUCCGUGUGACAGUCCGGGGGCGGGGAGAGACGCGAUGCGCCUGCGCGCCAACCAGAGCUGGCCUGCCCCGCUCCGUGGCGCAUGCGGCGCUGACGGGAGGCUCCGGGGAAGCCUGGGCGCCUGCGCAGCUGGAGAGGCGGGCGGGUGGCCCAGAGGGGAUCUGGUCCUUGCGCGCUUGCGCAGUGUGCGCCUGGCUGGGGUGGGGGCGAGAGGAGCUCGGAGGCGCUUGCAAAAGCGAAUGUGGAAGCUCCGAUGCACCUCUCCUGACUUGCACCCAUCAUCCCAAAGAUUUUUUUUAUUAAGAGAAAUCAGAGCAAAAAGUUCUGACGGAGGGACGAAAUGGCUGACAAGAGGCGCCUGGCAUACUCCAUCAUCCAGUUCCUACAUGACCAGCUACAGAACGGGGGUCUCUCUCCUGAUGCCCAGGAGAGCUUGGAAGUUGCAAUCCAAUGCCUGGAGACUGCUUUUGGAGUAUCCAUGGAAGAUCAAGAUCUGGUUGUGUCUCAAACUCUCCCUGAAAUUUUUGAAGCUGCUACAGAAAAGGAGCCUCAUUACGUCAGAACAAAUUCUGAGCCAGUCACCCCCUCGGAAGAAGACAUAGCUGAAGCUGAAAGACUUAAGACUGAAGGUAAUGAGCAAAUGAAGGCAGAAAACUUUGAAGGUGCUGUGUCUUUCUACGCAAAAGCAAUUGAAUUAAAUCCAUCAAAUGCAGUAUAUUUUUGCAACAGGGCUGCUGCUUACAGUAAACUAGGAAACUAUGCUGGAGCAGUCAGAGACUGUGAAAGAGCUAUAGGAAUUGAUCCGAACUACAGCAAAGCUUAUGGCAGAAUGGGCUUAGCCCUCUCUAGUUUAAACAAACACGCAGAAGCUGUCGUUUACUAUAAAAAAGCCCUGGAGUUGGAUCCAGACAACGAAACGUACAAAUCAAACCUUAAAAUAGCCGAACAGAAAAUGAAAGAAACCCCUAGUCCAACUGGAGGCACAGGAGGAUUUGAUUUAGCUGGAUUGCUGAAUAACCCGGGCUUCAUGAGCAUGGCAUCUAACCUCAUGAACAAUCCACAAGUACAACAGCUAAUGUCUGGGAUGAUUUCAGGUGGCCAGAACCCUAUGGGAGCAGCAGGAGCCAGCCCUUCCCCUAAUGACCUUGCCAGCCUUAUCCAAGCAGGUCAGCAGUUUGCUCAGCAGAUGCAGCAGCAGAAUCCAGAGCUAAUAGAACAGUUACGAAGUCAGAUUAGGAGUCGAACCCCCAGUGCUAGCAACGAGGAUCAGCAGGAAUGAGAAUACAAGCGCUACCCAUGGGAAUUCUUCACCAUAAAAAACUGGAAACCAUGUGUGUGUUGCCAUUUCUCCAGUUGGAAAAGAGAGAAAAAGGAAAACAAACCAGAAAAAAAACAAACUUCAUACGCCCUGCAUGUUAAAGACAGAUUCUCAUUUUCUUCCCCUAGUCCCUGCACCUGCCCCCAAAUUCCUCUUUUCCCUCUGGAAGAUCCAGCAAGCAGUAAACAUGAACCAGCAUCAAUUGUCUUUCUAGAACUCAGAAAAUCAACCACAUUGUUACCUGCUACGUUGGGGAUUUUAAUCUGUUUUCAAGGACACAGCACUCUUCACUGUAAGAAGCCUCCACCCUCCUGACCAGCUGCUUAAAAGGAGCGAACAGCUCCAUUCCCCUUCUUAUGUCUUUUCAUCAUGUUUAAGAGACGCCAAUGUUUAAACGCAAUUAACUUAUCGCAGGUCACUGAAUCUCCUUGUACCCAACAGCUGGGUGUCAAAAUCGCUUAUGGUUACUGCAUUUCUCAUUCAGGGGCAUAGCAAUAUUGCUGAUGCAAUUUCUACACAGGAGAUUAAGAUGGUGGACAUCUCUAAAGGCAUUUGUGAAUGUAAGUGUAUUGUGGGGGGGCGGGUUGCCUGGAGUAAGACCAUUUUCUGUGACUCCUUCAAAUUGAGCAUUUUUGAUACACUUUUUUCAGAUCUUUUUUGCCAAUAAUGACACAAUUUAUCUAGUGUUUUAAAACAAAAUCAUGGUUCUGUCUUUGUCAGCUGUCCUCUCUGCGGUAGUUGGGGAGGGAGAAGAUUUGACUCCUUUUAUUUCAAGUUUUUAGAAGUUCUAGUUUUUAUUGUCUCUUGCGUGUGAGUGGUCGUGGAGAACAAGGCUUCUGUGAUAGAGAUGGGAGUUGCAGAUACCCAUUUCAGAGGGGCUCAAGUUGCCGAAUACAUGGGAAUGUGAGCUGGUGGAAUAUCCAUAAUAUACUGACUGGUCACUAACUGAGCUGUGGGACUGGCAAAGAGUGCUUAUGCCGCAGUGUAUUACAGGCGAGAUGGGGAGGGACCCAUGUAAUUUAGCAGAAUAAAUGUCCUGUAUCCACCAGGACCUCUAGUAUUACCCAAAUGAUUCUGUAGUUCAGGUGCCCAGUAAUGGACUGACUUCAAAAUGUGUAAGUGAAUCCACUGGAGAUUUCACUAGUCAAGCUCAGAGGGACUUUAUAAACCUGCAGUUCAAACUAGAGUAACUCAGAGAGAGCAGGGGAUGUGUGUGAAGUGUCAUAUUGCCAGGUGCAAAAAAUCAUCUAGUUUAAAGCUUAGUAGGUGUAAGAGAUUAAAAAGCCUGGGAGAUGAGUGAGAGGCAGGAGGUGUGUCCAACUAAAUAGGUUUUUGUUGUUUUUGAUACCAUCUGUAAACAGUUUUGUUUUUUUAAAUACUCUAACUGUGGUCACUGUAACUUGUGGAGAAUAAAAUACUUUGAUGCUC